GCUGAGGGUCCCCUGGCGCUGCUGCAGGCGGCAGCUCUCUUCGACUUAACUGCGAGGCCCAGAAGUUUAGAUGUGGAGAGCAUUACUGCAGCAGCUCAGGCUCUUUACGACACCCGGGACCAGUGGCAGCACGAAACCCUAAACCCUGUUUUAGGGUUUCUGUCUUCUUCCCCGCUGCUGUCGCGUCUGCCGCCUCCUCUGAAUUCCUUUUUUUCUUCUUUUGCAUUUCUGCCGCCUUCGCCGCUUCCUUCCGGGCCCCACAGGCUGUCUUCGCUGGACCUGCUGCAGCAGCUGCAGCAGGCCAAGGCCAGCAGCAGCAGCAGCAGCAGCAGCAGCAGCAGCAGCAGCGGGGCUGUAGUUCCUGUGCAGGAGCGCAUCUUUAAUUGCAUUCGGCAGUGGCCCGAGGUGUCUGUACACCGCAAUGUCUGCGUGGGCAGCUGGGCCUUCGCUGAUAUGGCCGUCGACUUGGCUUCUUUGGCGAGGCACAUGCAGCAGCAAGAAGCAGCAGCAGCAGCAGCAGCAGCAGCAGCAGCAGCAGCAGGGGAAGAUGUGGCCAGCAGCGAGGAGCCUUUGAGCGGAUUUGAAGUGGAAGAAGGAGCGGCAGAUGCAGCAGCAACGGAAGCAGCAGCAGAGGCAGAGCAAGAAGCGGAACAAGCGGCAGCAGCAGCAACCGAAGCAGCAGCAGCAGCAGCAGCAACAGUCGAACCAGAAGCAGCUGCAGCAGAGCCCGCAGCAGCUGCAGCAGAAGCAGCAGCAGCUGCAGCAGAGCCCGCAGCAGCAAGGGGGCGUCGCUCGAGGCGCAGCGACGCUAAGCAGAGCAGCCUCUCGAAGCCCCCAAACCAACCAGCAGCAGCAGCAGCAGCAGCAGCAGCAGCUGCUGCUGCUGCUGCUGCUGCUGCUCGUCCUUGCUACAUGUUUGAUGCAGCAGGACAGCCAUCUGUUUGCUGCUCUGUGUCUGCUGCUUCGCACUUGUUGGUUUUGGUGCUGCUGGAGUGUCACGACUUCCUCGAGGUGUCUAGACACCGCAAACAAGCAGCAGCAGAAGAGCCAGCAGCAGCAGCAGAACCAGCAGCAGCAGCAGCAGCAGCAGCAGCAGCAGCAGCAGACGCGCCACUUGCUGCAGCAACAAGGGCCAAACUCAAAGCCCUCCGCAGCUGGGGAUGGCCAGUUGUGUGCAUUCGGGAAAAGGCCUGGCGGCGGGCGGAGAAGUUGGACGAAAAAGAAAUAAAAACGAAAAUGGAAAAUAAAAAAGAAAAUAAAAAAGAAAAUAAAAAAGAAAAUAAAAAAGAAAAUAAAAAUGAAAAUAAAAACGAAAAUGAAAUUAUUAAUAACUUCCACUUUCCAGAUUCUCCAGUCCAGUUUGACCGCCACCGCAAACAGCUCUUCUUCAGCCUCGUGGCUGCGCUGGCUGAAGAACAAAUAAAUAAAUAA